CUCGACAAGAUGGAUGGCGAGCUCAUGCGCGUAUGGCAGCUCGUCCACGAACUCAGCGAGCAGCUUGCGCACAACCAGAAGCUUACGGCGACCCUCCAGUCCCAGGCUAGGUCUCUUCAAACCCAGGCCGCUCACAACAGCACUGGUUUCGUUCUAAGACGCUUUAAUACGGAUAUUACAAAAGAGGUAUUCGAGUCCGAAUUGGAGAGGAUGAACGCGCAAAUUAUCAUCGAAAACCAGACGCAUUUGCACGAGAAUAAGCAACUAAGUAUGCUGCUCAAAGAGUACGAAGGAACGAUGGACACUGUGAUGACCAAGUUUAGGAACCAUGCUUUGGCAGCUCAACAGCAUGAGCUGACUCUUACAAGACACUAUGAGGCCCUACUUAUGGCUCGUGAAAACCAAACUCUAUCUGCAGACCUGUCAUCAUCGACGAACAUGUCGCGAUCACUUGAGCGCCUCUCGCACAACCUCCGGAACCUGCUCCGUUCUAUGGCCGGGGAAAACCCUGAUGCUGAACCCCACCAUUUGCGAUCCCAAUCUGAGGUUGAAUAUGAAGAUGGUUCCUCGAACAUGCUCAUCGAUCCCGUCGAACUUCAGUCGCUUCUUGAUGCGUUGGAUGAGCAUGCGAGUUAUACAAACGCCUCUGGGAGGGAAGACUGGGCUAUGGAACGCGAAUGCGAGAUCGCGCGACUGGAGCGGGAGAAUAGCGAACUGAGGAAAAUGCUAGGUAUUGACGCCUCAAGUAUUGCAGAGACUGGCAUCAAUAUGGAGGCGGAGGUCGAGAGAAUGGAAUGGAGGAGGCACCCGGAGCUUUCGCAGCGUCAGAGGACUGGUGGGCAUGGUAGAGAGGAUAGUGGUGAUGUCUGGUGGCCUACUAAUGGUCCCAGCCAGCCGCCGCAGCCGUACCAGGCAUCUACCACACCACAGCCGGGACAAACAAAUGAUGAAUGUUUGGCACUACUGGACAGCGAGGGGGAUUGGGUCGAGGUGCCAUAGGUGGUGUCGGCGCAGGACCGCCGCCCCCGCCUCAAAGUCUGUGGUCCAAUCAACCUCCAUCGCCUGUACCAC